GGUGCUCGUUGUCGUGUGAAGCGCCAGGCGCCGCGGCCGGACAGUAAUUAUUUCUCACAGGUCCUGCCUGUAAUCAAGGUGUUGAUUCUCUGGGGCCGACAGCCCGUCCCGUGCAACGCGCAAGCCCUGUUGCGUUUCGAACUACGGUACGGCUGGGUGCUGCCCGUCCCCGGGGGAUGAGCCGUCUGCUGCCCCGUGCCGCGCUCACGCUGAUGGGACUGCUCUUCGCCAGAACGAUGGCCUGGACUUCCAGCGGAAAGACGCACCCCGAGCUAGUCAACAACCUCUACAAAAAAGGGAUCAUUAAAUCCCAGCGAGUCUUUGACGUGCUGCUGGCUACUGACAGAGGUCACUACAUCAAGUAUUUCCCAUACAUGGAUUCUCCUCAAUCUAUCGGAUACAAGGCUACAAUCAGCGCACCGCAUAUGCACGCCCACGCGCUGGAACUGCUAAAGGAUCGGCUUGUGGAAGGCGCAAAAGCGCUGGAUGUUGGAUCUGGGAGCGGGUAUCUCACGGCUUGCUUUGCCAGGAUGAUGGGCCCGACAGGGAAAGCUGUGGGCGUAGAGCACAUUAAAGAGCUGGUACAUGAAUCCAUCAGAAACGUCCAAGAAGAUGAUCCGGCUUUGCUCAGCUCUGGCCGCGUGAAGCUUGUGGUUGGAGAUGGCAGGCAGGGAUACCCCGAAGAGGCUCCUUAUGAUGCCAUUCAUGUCGGAGCGGCAGCAGCUACUGUACCAAAGGAGCUGCUGAAUGAAUUGAAGCCAGGAGGUCGGUUAAUAUUGCCCGUUGGCCCCGAAGGCGCAAACCAAGUUCUGAUGCAGUACGACAAAACCAGUGACGGGCAGAUCAUCGAAACGCAACUGAUGGGCGUGAUCUACGUUCCUCUGACAGAUAAGGAAAAGCAGUGGCCUCGGGAUGAAUUCUGAUGGAUGGAUAUCUCUAAAGUGACCUCAGAAAGCUCCUGAGUGGGACUUAGGACUGUAGAUGGUCUGUACGGUUUUGCUUUUUUGAACGGCAGCUUUAUCGGUGGAUGUGCUUGCGAAGGCAAGCUCCGCUCUAGCAGAGCUCGGUCCGGAGGGAUGGAGAAGAGGGCGUUUCUCCAGCAGCAGGGGAGGCUCUCGGAGGCCGUGUCUGGUUCCAGGCAGCGAGUGGAUCCAGCGGCUGUCCUCUCUGAUACGCUGUAGGUAACGCCUAUUCACAGAGAGCUCCAAGAGCAGGCAGGAAUACUUAAACCCUCACUAAGCGUACUCUUUAAUAUUGACUACUCCGCCUAAUGCUUGAAGAAAAUAAGGCGCAAUUACUGGUUCCAGAGCAGCGAUCUACCCCCAUUUGUCCAAGUUUAAUUAUAAGAGCGUGUUCUCUUCCUGUCUUGCAUCAAUUAAUUUAAUCUCCGGUAGCAACACUGGGAACGUUGGGGUUACGAAAAAUCCCGGUCUCGCGGCUUUUCCCUGACGUGGGGCUGGUGCUUGGCCGCACGGGUGGGUAGGCCGCAGGGCCUGGUCUGGAAGAGGGGUGAGG